AUGGAUCUGGUCGCGACGGCCAAUGCGCGUAGCAACAUAGACCGCGAUCUCAACGACGUGCAGGCAGACGCAGAGCAGUCUGAAGAACUGUUCAACGAGGGGUCAUUGAUUCUCGGAGCCGCCACGCGCGAGGAGAUGCGCGAGGCCCGUCUGCCUCUCGCCUACCGCGACAGCUGCGCCAACCUCCUGAUUCCCCUCAACAAGUGCCGCCGCGAGACGUGGUACGCCCCGUGGAAGUGCAGCGAUGAGCGCCACAGCUACGAGAAGUGCCAGUACGACGAGUUCAAGAAGCGAGUGGCCAAGAUGGACGAGCUACGAGAGGCCAAGGGCGGCGAGAGGAGCAAUUGA